AGCAAGCUGCCUGCAUAUCUUUCCCCCUCUCAAACUGGUCAAGCAACUCACUUUCUUCAUUAGCUUUCCCCCUUUGUCACUUCCUAGUUAGCUACUUGUAAUACACUCUUAACUUAUCUCGAACUUACUAUGGCCCCAAACAAACUAGUCUCUGCAGUUUUUAUCUUCCUUGCCCUCAUAUUCAUACUAGAAAUCCAGUCCAUUGAGGGAAGGCAUUUGAAGUUUCACUCGGAAAAACACCAGACCCACAAAAGAUUUCUUGCAAAAGAAACAGCAAAGGUUGUUGAGGGUGGUAGUAGCUUUCACUUUAAAGCAGCGGGUGCUGAUGAUGUGCUGUCUCCACCAGCAGCACCACUGACACCAGCUGCUAUGGUUGGAGCAUCCCAAGCCCCACCAUCUCACUGGGUUGAUGACUUCAGGCCUACAGCACCUGGUCACAGCCCUGGCAUCGGACAUGGCCUUCACAGCUAGCGCAAGUUGAUUUUCAUGCCUUCAUGCUAAUGUACUUCAUCUUGGUUGUGUUCUUUUUUUUUUUUGUACUUCGUGCAUGUAUGCUUUAGGUUAAUUAAUUAGUUAAUUGUUU